AUGGACCAAGAAACAGCGCAAGCUUUAUUCAAUCAGGGCGCGUUCUUGCUUUUUUUGAACGCGCCCGAAGGAUUAGAGUUCGGGAUAGAUUAUAACUCAUGGAAAAUAGGACCAAAGUUUAAGGGAUUGAAGCUCAUUCCUCCUGGAUUACAUUUCGUAUUUUAUAGUACUUCAGACAAAUCUGGUACUUCUGGACUUAGAACAGGAUUUUUCAAAUUUUACGAAUCAAAGGAGAUAGUAAUUAAAGAUUGGGAUAAUACAUUAGAAGACGUUAAAAAAAGUGAACAACUUGAUCCGGAGCAAAUCAAACGAUUAAAGACAGACAUGCGUCAAUUCGAUCCAUUUUUAGGACCAUAUCCUUUAUCACCGCCAACCAAUUGGCAAAAAUUGAUUCGCUUAACAAAUUAUAUAACUCCUCGUCUCAUUUCUAUUAUCUUGCCUAAUGACGGGAAAGUGACUAAUAUUUCAUCAUCUACUGUUGAUGAGGAAGAGCUGAUUAAUUUAGGUGAUUCGAGAUAUGGAGAAAGUGAUAUUAUAUUAUUUACAAAAUUUGAUCUCAAAAAAAGUUGGAAACUUGGCGCCACAGGUCAAGAGGUUACAAAAUAUAGCCAAGAUAAAAGUUGGCUUUUGGACGAAUUGUUGACAAAAUCCUAUGAUAAUAAUUACAAAGAACUAUUAGGAGAAUUGCAGUUAGCUUUCGUAUGUCUUUUAAUGGCACAGAAUUAUGCGGGAUUCGUUCAGUUUAAAAAUUUAGUGCAAUUGAUUUGUUCAUGUCAAGAAGCAUUAGAAAAAUAUGCGGAUACAUUAUUUAUUGAUUUCAUAGAUGUAUUAAAUUAUCAACUUGAAGAGUGUCCGCAAGAUUUUUUUCAUGAAAUUUUGGCUGAAAAUAAUUAUCUUAUUCAUUCAUUAAAGAUUUUCCGUCGAAAUAUUUUGGACUCAAUAAAUGCAUCGUCACAACAACAGUCACAAAAGUUCCAUGUUUUAAGACGUCGAUUUGAAAAGUUUAGAGGUUUUCUUAAUAAGAGAUUUCAUUGGGGAAUCGUUGAUGAAGAAUUAGCUAAGGAGGAAGAGGAGGAAGAAGGGGAGUAUGCACCGGUCGUAGUAGAAUUGCCUGAUGAUAAUAAAUAA